UUUUUUAUAAACAUGUCGGACUCAGAAAGUGGUUGUACAGCGUGAAUUUGUUUUAUCCAUUAUUUCCAUUCAUCUUAUUUGCCAUAAAACUAUACUUAUUUUGUUUUAUAUUUAACUUGGCUGUUGUGUUCGUGAGGUGUUCAAAAGGAUGAAAUUUGGUAGGAGUGGACUGAGACUUAAAUAAAAUUGUAAAAUUCCGCAAAAGAAAAGUUAAGAUUCUUUUAGGUCCCCGGUGAGGCAAAUAGUAAAUUAUCGGAUAACGCCAGCCCACAAGAUGGCCGACUGUUAUUCGUAAGAUAAUGUCUGGUGCGUCUGGUUCAUCAGGAAGCGGGACAGGACGAGGACGAGGCGGUGCAAACUCUGGAGUAUCUGAAAACAAACCUGAGUCUAAAGAGAACCGACCAAAUCCCAAGAUGUCAAAAGCUCUAGGCACAUCAGCUAAGAGGAUUCAGAAGGAAUUGGCAGAGAUCACACUUGAUCCCCCACCAAACUGCAGUGCGGGGCCAAAAGGAGACAAUCUAUAUGAGUGGGUGUCCACCAUCCUGGGACCACCAGGUUCAGUCUAUGAGGGUGGUGUCUUCUUCCUUGAUAUACAUUUUUCUCCAGAAUACCCAUUUAAGCCACCUAAGGUGACAUUCCGCACCAGGAUAUACCACUGUAACAUCAACAGCCAGGGUGUCAUAUGCUUGGACAUCCUCAAGGACAACUGGUCACCAGCUCUAACCAUAUCUAAAGUCUUGCUAUCAAUAUGCUCACUCCUGACUGACUGCAAUCCAGCGGAUCCCCUGGUAGGCAGCAUCGCUACACAAUAUCUGCAGAACAGAGAUGAACAUGAUCGCAUCGCUCGGCUCUGGACCAAGCGUUACGCCACAUGAUUGCUCUGCCUUCAUUGUACCGUAAUAUGUAUCUUACUCAAAAUCAUUCUGUUCUCAGUCCAUCCUCUUCACAUAAAUAUAAGCUUACUUAUCUAUCUGUGUGCACACUUUGCGACAUAUUCGCCGUAUAUAGUCGACCAUUAUAAUUUUACAAUGUUAUUUAAGAGACCAUCGGAUGAAAGCAGUUUCAUCUUUCAUUGGAUAUGUUGAUGGGUCGACUAACAGGGUCCUUCACAUACCACAAUGGAGUCUACAUAUUGUUAGUGAAGGAUAUAAAUAUGUCAGAAAUGAUUCAUUAUGGUUUUCAGAUAUUGACUCAUAUAAUGAAAAUAGUUACAUAACAAGAUCAUAUGAGAUAUAACUGAGGUUGGCAAUGCAUCUGUGGUUCCUCUAGUAUUCCAGAUGAACAUUGUUUCCGUUCUUUGUUUGCCUCCCUUCUGUUAUUAAAAAAAAACUUGAGAGGUGUGUUGGGACACCCG